GUAAUUACGACAGCGAUGUCGUGCGAAACUGGAAUUCUGGGCGCGGAAGGCCGCGGGAGGCGGGGCGAAUCCACCGGCGAUGCGGGCAGAUCCGCCAUAAGUUGUGGACCCCAAACUGACGCACUUUGUUUGUAACCGUUCCUCCCGGCUCUCCAUUCAUCCCGUAGCUCCCGUAGUGGCCGGUAUUCGCUCGGGCUGGCUUACCGGUGAGCUGCACAUCCACAGACAUCUCGCCUUGCGGGGCAUCCACAAACCAAAAUAGCCCCCUAAGUUUGACGUCCGCCCAGGAUACGUGGACGAACAUCAACUCCGAAAAUUCACCGCGGCUAUGAACCGAACGUCACUCCCUACGCCACGGAGGUCAAACUUCGGCCCCCCACAGCGGGAACGUUCAGCUUCAGCAGUCAACGACCAGGACCGACCACCUUUACAGCACACAUCGUCAGUCUCGUCGAGUUUGGAUGGCGGCUUUCGGUUUGACGAAAAGGAGGAGGACAUACCCUCAUUGCCACCUCCGACCCUUCGCAGUCCGCUUUACUCUGCGGACUUGUACAUGUUUCUCUACCCCCACCUGAUAGAUGCCAUUGCGGGGAGCUUACCUUCGGAUGCAUGGGAUUGGGCUUCGACUGAAGUGGCAGCGCCGAUCGUUUUGGUGAAGGAGGAGGAGAAGAAGGCGCCGGAAACGGUCGAAUCAUCCUUGCAAAAAGAUGGGAGAGGUUAUGUUGUUUGGAACAUGGUGGAGACAGAGCGGAAUUACGUUGCUCAACUACGUACACUGCAAUCGUAUUUCCGGCGACGCCUUGUUGAUCAAGGUAUUCUAUCGGAAACAAGUAGCAGUCUCAUCUUUGCGGGGAUAGACGAUCUUGUCAGCUUCCACAACCAAUUUAGCGCGGAACUGGAGAAGAUUGUCGCUGUCGGGUCGUGGAAUACGAGAGAAUCCCGAAUCGGCACUUUAUUUAUUCGCUUUCGGCUCUACACCAGGUUCAUAGACAGUUACGCUAUGUCGCAAAAACUCAUGAAACGGGAAGAGCGCGACAAUCUGGAAUAUCAGAACUUCAUGAAGGAAGCUGUCAAGCUAAAGGAAACUGGGCGGCAGCAGUUGAAGGAUUUCAUGAUUCUACCGGUCCAACGUACUGCACGGUAUCACCUGCUCCUGAAAGAUCUAAGGAAGCGAACAGAUGAAGAUCAUCCCGACUACCAAGACUUACAAACCGCAUGGGAAGCCAUGAACGAGCUGGCCUCGUCCGUAAACGAAAAAAAGAGAAAAGAAGAAGAAGCCACCGGCCUAUUCGAAGCGUUCGAGCAAACGAAGAACUGCCCCCCAACUCUAAUUCGGCAUACGCGCAAACUCGUACACAACGUCGAUGUUGUAUACCAACAUCGCACGAGCAAGGUUAUCCAUCUUUUCUUGUGUUCGGAUCUGCUGAUGGUAACACAUCCCAUCGCGAAAACGGUCCUGGGAUUUUCCAGAGAUAAGGCCGAAUAUUCUUACAAAUUCAUCCGGUGGCUGGAUCUGCUGGAAAUCGAUGCGGAGUACUUGGGGUCACAGGGAGAAGCAUACAAACACACCAUCAAAAUCACAUACGACGCCAACAGACGAGAUCCGAAAGACUCUAAUACCCAACCCGUCGAGCAAGCAUCGUUUUCCAUGGUCGUUCAGUUCGAAGGAAUGGAAGCCACCAAGAAUCGGAAAGACUUCCUGAUGGCGCUGGAAUCGGAGAUAAAGAAGAAUAAGGAGACGCGGAGGGCGAAGAAACCUGCAUAGAAGUGAUACAACAGAACCUGAUUCUCGACCCUCUGUGCGUCUGUGGGUAUACUCACUCUCCACGGUCCUCGUCGCUGCGAUGUGUUGCCUCCGCUCCCGCAUACCUCCCGCGCAACAUUCUCUCUCACUUUUUUUGGAAAUCAUCCUUCUGGCGUCGGAGGAACGGGUGGUCGUGCCAGCAGUCGGGCCAGCAUGCGACUAGAUCGGCAUUGCGCGUCGCUUCAGGGUUGGGCCUCAAAUCUCUAGCUGGAAAGCGGCGAC